AUGUGGAAACAACCUUCCCCUGCGAACUCCUCAUUCAACGAAUUCAACACCUUCCCAUUACCUCAGACUCAGAGGGGUCAAAGUUCUCAUGCUCAUCAUGGUCCUGUGGGACAUACUCAACAACCUUUAGUCACUGGUACUUCAGUACUUGGACUGAAAUAUGAGGGAGGAGUGAUGAUAGCUGCUGAUAAUUUGGCGUCAUACGGCUCACUCGCGAGAUUCAGAGAUAUUCAACGUCUUCAUCCAUUAGGUAAACAUACCUUAUUGGGUGUGGCCGGUGAUAUGUCAGAUUUCCAAUGGUUGAAGAAAGAGUUGGAUGCGUUACUACGAGAAGAAGAUGCAUUAGCACUAACAGAUUCCCAUCCGUCCCUCUCGCCCAAGAACAUCUACGAGCUAUUGAGUAAUUUAUUCUACGCUAGGAGAAGUAAGAUGAACCCCGUAUGGAACGCUGUGUUAGUUGGUGGUUGGGAUAAAAUCAAGCAGGAGAGUUUCCUAGCAUAUGUUGAUCUUCUCGGAACGACCUACACCGCUCCAACGCUUGCAACAGGAUUCGGUGCUCAUCUCGCUCAACCAUUAUUGAGAGAAGCAUACGAGGCUAAAGCGGGUAUUGAUGGGACCGGACCGUUAUUGACUAAAGAGGAAGCUGAAAAGGUCUUGGAGGACUGUAUGAAGGUUUUAUUCUAUAGAGAUGCGAGGAGUUUGAACAAGUACCAAAUCGCUACAAUCACCUCCGAAGGCGUGUCCAUCUCCGACUCCAAGUCUGCUGAUACUUACUGGAAAUUCGCAGAGGGUUUGAGAGGAUAUGGAGCUCAGACUCAAUAG